AUGCCUGGUCCAUCGAGCGCAGACCCGGCCACAUUUCCCGAUCGCAUUCCCUCCCACCACCACGACGACAGCGACUGGCCGUCAGCAAGGACACCUGCCCCUUAUCACCCGCCUUCAGCCAACGGACGCUCCCCUGACGCGAUGAGGUUGCGCGACCUCCUCGACCAGACGUCGGGCCCCUCAAGCAGCGACGCGCGACCUGUGGCCUCCAUCCCGCGUUCUUAUCCACCCUCAGAGCUCGAGUCCGACUACGACGAUAUACCCAACUUUGGCGGUGGCCCCAGUCUUGCACGCGAGAGCCUGAAGGCGCUUUUCAAUAGCGCGCUAGCGGACACGCCAGAGCGCACUAGACGCACCAAUGUCACCACCAGUGACAUGGAUAUGAGCCCGGGGCCCAGCAGACCAAUGCACCAGCGAAAUUGGAGCAUGAGCGACGAUGGCUCGGAGGACGCGGAGGCACCGCCAGCAUCUCUGCGUCCCAUCCCUGGUCGAAGGCAAGCCAAUAGCUCGCCCGUGGAUGACAAGCCCACCCCACGCCCAGAGCUCAAGAACCUCCUCGUAUCAGAUACUGAGAGCGAUGACACGGCUGCACCAGUUCCGCGCCACCCGAAUGCCGCCAAAGCGUCACCACCCGAGAAUACGAAUACACCCUUCCACUCUAUACACAUGUCGCCUAAUGAGUCUAAUCUCAUGGAUCAAGAUUCCGAUAUGCAGCGUGCAAUGCAGGACUACGAUAGUUACAUAGCUUCGGCAAAUAAUUCGCCAAUGACAUUCCCUUCCUCGAGAAAGCAAGCCGAGCGCCUGCCUCCCACCACUCCUUUAAAUCGUACCGGCGAAUCGGACGAACAACAGACUGCCCGGCGCCCCAAGAUGACUGUCCAGGACAGCUUGGAUAGACUCCUGCAGCGAUCAACUGCACGACCAAGUCCCAACGGCAGUCACAGCUAUUCUGGUCGGCAAACUCGCGAUGAGCACGACAACGAACGGCCACUGAGCAGGAACAAGCCCACGCCAAGAUCGAAUCCCCCGACCACUCCAGCCUUGAAGCGUCGCAGUGUCAACCUUUCAGACCUCCGGAGCAGUCCACCGGUCACGAAUGGGCACUCAAGAACCUUGACAAGAAGGACCAGCUCAAAUUCUCUGCAAAGCGAUAUGACCUCUCCGGGAAGCUCACAUAGGGGUUCCGUAAUGUCGAAUCAAGAUUAUGCCGAGCGUCGACAGUCGAUGGCGCAUGAGGAUGCGUCUGAACGCGAAAAGAGCUGGAACAAGCCCCGCCCGAGAUCGGAUAACCUGUCCCACUUCAACUUGAGCCAACUGGAUGAGCGGUCGCGCGCGCUCAGCUCGCCCUCGCGUCCUGGGUCGUCCAUGUCCCUGACGUUCGAGCAUCAAGUGCGCUCGCGCCAUCGACUUUCAACGAGCUCGUCCUUUGGCGACCUCUCCUCGAGAUCCGCGUCGCCUUCGAACUCCAUGUUCAGCGUGGACGAGGAGCGCGAAGAGAUCAUGCAGGCGGUCCAACAUGAGCGGGAACGGAACUGGGGUAGUACUCGUCCUCAAUGGCGCGCCAGGAAGUUGUCGGAAACAUUGCUAUCCAGCCGUCCACCGUCUCCGGCGGAGUCGCUUCCUGACUCUCCGAAGAUAUCGCCGUCUUUGCUUCGUAGGCGGACGGAGAGCUUGCGAAGUUCCACUGCGAGCCCUGCAGGUCUACGCAAAAGCCCGUCAUCCGCGAGCUUGCGCGCUAGUCCCUCGAUACACGCGCCUCUGCGGUCUCCCUCGCCAUCCCCAGGCCACCGAAGCAGGCGUACUUCUCUCCUCCAGACCAACGCGUCAUCGCCCGGUUUCCCUUCCUCACCUUCGAAGACCCCUUCGACAGUGCGCGGCAAGCAAAAGGCAGCGCCGGUGGACAUCUCAGACUUCUCGACUGGCUCGGCGCGCUCGACGCCAGGGACGCACUCGCGGACGUACUCCACGCCGGGGCGUCCCAGCAGUCGAUUGUCGCUGUCGAGUAGUCCGGGGAGGGCGAGUCAGAUACCGGUGUACUCGCCUGGGAAGAAGAAGAAAGCAGUGCCUGUACCGAAGGCGGUAGUCCCGGAGGAGGAAAAUUUGAGCGUGGAUUUUCCCUCGACAUCGUCUGCAAGGCAAUUGCCCAAGAUUGAGGUGUCGACUGCCGCUAAUGGGUUCGGUGACUCGGCGACAAGUAUGUGGCUCACCAGUUCUUUCCAACAGUCAGCAUCUAAUAUCUUCUUUCAGGUAGUGACGCUGAAGACAAUGCGACUCCGCGGGUGGUUGAAGAGGAGAACACGCCUACGCUUAGAACCGUGUUGCCGCCAUCAGAGGAGACACCGAGAGGAUCACCUAUCGAAGAGAGGCGUAGUAGCCCGCGUUUGCGCCCAGCGUCGACUGACGAAGCACGUCUGCACCGUACAAUUGGUUCGCCACUGUCCGUCGGGUCGUCUAUCGAGCGCUCGACUACGCCACCGCUGCCGCCCCCUCAACCGAUAG